CGACGCAUAUAAAUGCAAGUCGCCAAACGCCUGACGUCAUUUCAGAAACGCCAAGAAGAGAAGCGAGAACGAAAAUAAGAGAAAAUGCAGAUCUUCGUCAAGACCCUCACUGGCAAGACCAUCACACUUGAGGUUGAGCCAUCAGACACUAUUGAAAAUGUGAAGGCCAAGAUCCAGGACAAGGAAGGUAUUCCUCCAGAUCAGCAGAGAUUGAUCUUCGCAGGAAAGCAGCUUGAGGAUGGUCGCACCCUCUCCGACUACAACAUUCAGAAAGAAUCCACUCUGCAUCUUGUGCUCCGUCUGCGUGGUGGUAUGCAGAUCUUCGUCAAGACCCUCACUGGCAAGACCAUCACACUUGAGGUUGAGCCAUCAGACACUAUUGAAAAUGUGAAGGCCAAGAUCCAGGACAAGGAAGGUAUUCCUCCAGAUCAGCAGAGAUUGAUCUUCGCAGGAAAGCAGCUUGAGGAUGGUCGCACCCUUUCCGACUACAACAUUCAGAAAGAAUCCACUCUGCAUCUUGUGCUCCGUCUGCGUGGUGGUAUGCAGAUCUUCGUCAAGACCCUCACUGGCAAGACCAUCACACUUGAGGUUGAGCCAUCAGACACUAUUGAAAAUGUGAAGGCCAAGAUCCAGGACAAGGAAGGUAUUCCUCCAGAUCAGCAGAGAUUGAUCUUUGCAGGAAAGCAGCUUGAGGAUGGUCGCACCCUCUCCGACUACAACAUUCAGAAAGAAUCCACUCUGCAUCUUGUGCUGCGUCUGCGUGGUGGUAUGCAGAUCUUCGUCAAGACCCUCACUGGCAAGACCAUCACACUUGAGGUUGAGCCAUCAGACACUAUUGAAAAUGUGAAGGCCAAGAUCCAGGACAAGGAAGGUAUUCCUCCAGAUCAGCAGAGAUUGAUCUUCGCAGGAAAGCAGCUUGAGGAUGGUCGCACCCUCUCCGACUACAACAUUCAGAAAGAAUCCACUCUGCAUCUUGUGCUCCGUCUGCGUGGUGGUAUGCAGAUCUUCGUCAAGACCCUCACUGGCAAGACCAUCACACUUGAGGUUGAGCCAUCAGACACUAUUGAAAAUGUGAAGGCCAAGAUCCAGGACAAGGAAGGUAUUCCUCCAGAUCAGCAGAGAUUGAUCUUCGCAGGAAAGCAGCUUGAGGAUGGUCGCACCCUCUCCGACUACAACAUUCAGAAAGAAUCCACUCUGCAUCUUGUGCUGCGUCUGCGUGGUGGUAUGCAGAUCUUCGUCAAGACCCUCACUGGCAAGACCAUCACACUUGAGGUUGAGCCAUCAGACACUAUUGAAAAUGUGAAGGCCAAGAUCCAGGACAAGGAAGGUAUUCCUCCAGAUCAGCAGAGAUUGAUCUUCGCAGGAAAGCAGCUUGAGGAUGGUCGCACCCUCUCCGACUACAACAUUCAGAAAGAAUCCACUCUGCAUCUUGUGCUCCGUCUGCGUGGUGGUAUGCAGAUCUUCGUCAAGACCCUCACUGGCAAGACCAUCACACUUGAGGUUGAGCCAUCAGACACUAUUGAAAAUGUGAAGGCCAAGAUCCAGGACAAGGAAGGUAUUCCUCCAGAUCAGCAGAGAUUGAUCUUCGCAGGAAAGCAGCUUGAGGAUGGUCGCACCCUCUCCGACUACAACAUUCAGAAAGAAUCCACUCUGCAUCUUGUGCUGCGUCUGCGUGGUGGUAUGCAGAUCUUCGUCAAGACCCUCACUGGCAAGACCAUCACACUUGAGGUUGAGCCAUCAGACACUAUUGAAAAUGUGAAGGCCAAGAUCCAGGACAAGGAAGGUAUUCCUCCAGAUCAGCAGAGAUUGAUCUUCGCAGGAAAGCAGCUUGAGGAUGGUCGCACCCUCUCCGACUACAACAUUCAGAAAGAAUCCACUCUGCAUCUUGUGCUCCGUCUGCGUGGUGGUAUGCAGAUCUUCGUCAAGACCCUCACUGGCAAGACCAUCACACUUGAGGUUGAGCCAUCAGACACUAUUGAAAAUGUGAAGGCCAAGAUCCAGGACAAGGAAGGUAUUCCUCCAGACCAGCAGAGAUUGAUCUUCGCAGGAAAGCAGCUUGAGGAUGGUCGCACCCUUUCCGACUACAACAUUCAGAAAGAAUCCACCCUGCAUCUUGUGCUGCGUCUGCGUGGUGGUAUGCAGAUCUUCGUCAAGACCCUCACUGGCAAGACCAUCACACUUGAGGUUGAGCCAUCAGACACUAUUGAAAAUGUGAAGGCCAAGAUCCAGGACAAGGAAGGUAUUCCUCCAGAUCAGCAGAGAUUGAUCUUCGCAGGAAAGCAGCUUGAGGAUGGUCGCACCCUCUCCGACUACAACAUUCAGAAAGAAUCCACUCUGCAUCUUGUGCUCCGUCUUCGUGGAGGAAAUUGAACUUUUAUGUAGUUAUUUUGAUCAAGGCCAUGUCUUUUAGAUAAUGAAAGAAAUUUGUGUUUUGUCAAUCAUGUUUAACAAUUUUAGAUGUUCAUUGCUGCUUACUGUCCCAAGUUUUGUAUGUUUGUUACGAACUAAAAUGCAAUUUCUUCUGUAAUUCACUCAAAUUGUAUUCCAGUGGACAAAACAAAUCACAAUGACUUCAUUUUUAAACACUGUUAAAGAGUAAUUUUAUAGCGUUACACUACGCUUUUUGGUGUUGCAUCUGUCCACUCAAGACAUUCAACUCGUAAUUUGGGAAGAUUCUGUGGUCAAAAAUGAUUUUUGAAUCGCAUUUCUGUGCUGUACUGUGGAUGUAUUGUCAGGCUUUGUUGUUAUGACCAGAAGAAUGUAACAAACUACUAAAUAUGAUUUGGCAAAGUUAACAGCUAUGGAUACUGUAACUUGUGUUUUUCACAGGUAUAAAAUAAAUGUUGUUUAAGUUAA